ACCAGCGGUGGCCCACAGAGAGCCUCGCACACCGAGAGAGAGACACCGCGGACUCCAUUGCUGCCCCGAGUGCGUUUCUCGCCGGACUUGGUGAUCUCCCCGUAUCUACACCUGCGUGUCUGUCCCGCGCGUCGUGCAACGUACAAAAGUUACACAUAUUCUUUCGCACAUACAUACACACGGCACACACACCGCUCCACGCCCGGAAAAAGUUGCCUGCCUGCCUGCCUGCACUCCGAACGGCAGAUCGUUGCACGGCCGACCGACCGACCGACCGACCGAUCGACUGAGCGAGCGAGCGAGCGAGCGAGCGAUCCGGAGCUGCUUGUGAACAAGUACAACAUACAACGUUUGUUGUCUAGUGUGCGGGUGCGGGUGUUCGCAGCCGAGAAGAGCCUCUCGUGCGUAACCGAGACGUGAAAGAGAAGCCACAAUGGCGGAUCAACUCACAGAGGAACAGAUCGCAGAGUUUAAGGAAGCCUUCUCGCUAUUCGAUAAAGAUGGUGACGGCACCAUAACGACCAAAGAACUGGGUACAGUCAUGCGAUCCUUGGGUCAGAACCCCACAGAAGCCGAGUUACAAGACAUGAUUAACGAAGUAGACGCAGACGGUAACGGAACAAUCGACUUUCCGGAGUUUUUAACCAUGAUGGCACGCAAGAUGAAGGAUACGGAUAGCGAGGAAGAGAUCAGGGAGGCCUUCAGAGUGUUCGAUAAAGAUGGAAAUGGUUUCAUAUCCGCAGCGGAACUCAGACAUGUUAUGACAAAUCUGGGCGAGAAACUCACUGAUGAGGAAGUAGAUGAAAUGAUACGGGAGGCCGAUAUCGACGGCGAUGGCCAAGUUAAUUAUGAAGAAUUUGUCACGAUGAUGACAUCAAAGUGAAUGCAACCUGUGUAACAGAAGAACUUGCGAUUCGGAGUGGUGUUGACGUAUUAAAUAAAUCAAGAAACAGAGAAAAAAAAUAUAUAACAAAUGAGAAUCAACCAGAAAGUGACAAAUCUUAUAUCAGGAUGCGAAGAUGUCUAUAAAGCGCGAAGAGUCAACGUCCGAUACGCGUUAAAAAAAAAUCACCGUUAACGAUAAGUACAGGGCAAUUAAUUGUUUAAUUAAAGAGUUAUACCACUAAAGUCAUUAUCUUUCAAAACACGAAUAUUUACGCGUAUAUACGAGGACACACACAAAACACGUACAUUCAGGAACACGGUACACCGAUUAUACACUUAAAUUGAUAAACACACACAUAUACACGAGGUAUACAUAUUUUACAUUCACACACUCGGAUGUCUUAUUUCCACUGGAUAACACGAAUUGGAAGUGAGAUACGCGAAGACACAAUUGCGCGCGCAUGUGCACCAAAGGAAAAAGUGCAUUUUCCACUUUCCUCUCUUUCUCGACUGCCCUCCCUUCCCUCCUCCUCAACCUUCUAUCCUUCUAUUGUCGCUACCACCCGAUCCUCGCACCUAUCUUCCUGAAACUUUUUUUUUUCACGAAAGGCAUGUCGGAGAAUGUAUCUCUUGGAAAGGGAGAGGAAAUGUGCAUUAGGGGACAAAGUAAAAUCCGAUGUAAGAUAUUGAAACAGCAAAGUUUUAUUUGCCAAUCGAGAGAUUCGUCGGGAUUUUUUUUUUUUUGUAAAUGAGAUACGUGUAUAGCAAAUGAACAUUAGGAUACGUAGCUGCUAUAAUAAUAUCUCUACCGUUAAAAAAAAAAAGAUGCAUGCACAUGUACAAAUGUUUGUUUGUCUCGUGAGAGGGAAUUCGGCCUGGACAUAGUUUUCCAGAAGGGGAGAGGAAAAAAGCGAGAGUAAACAUAUGAUGCUUCAGUCUCUGGGUUAUCGACGACUUACAUGCAAAGCUGGAUCUCUCGAUGCCACAUAACGAAUAACUUAAUUUGUAUAAGUAACGGAGAAGAAAAUUUAUAAAAAAAGAAGGAAAAAACGGGAAAGACACAAAGCAUGAGAGAGAGAGAAAGAAAGAUGUGAUGAAGAGCCUCGAGGAACUCGGAUCUUUACUGUGCUUUCGCGCAUCACGUCUCGCCCGCGGGACUGUGGCGAUAGGCUUGUGUUGGAUCGUUAGUACGAGUUGCGACGAUCGUUUAAGAGAGAGAGAGAGAGAGAGAGAGAGAACUCCAGUUCGAAGUCGCGACAUUCCUGUUUGAAAGAAAGCCUCUUCCUAUGCUUUUCAAUCGAUCAAUAUCAAUCCAGCCUCUCGUGUGUCCGUACGCACGGGACUUACACGUACACGUCGAAUGAUAAACAGCUAUAUACACACGAAGAUACACACAGAGCAACAAAAAAAUAUAUGAAAAGAGAUAAACACUAUCUAUAAUAUUCACGAAGUGCGUUUUGCCUCCAGUUCCAUUUUAAUCUCCUAUUUGUAACUUGCCUUCCACACACUGGGAAAGCCUUACAUACAUGCGCGCAGAAAAAAAGAAAAAAGGAAAAAAAAAGCGAAAAAAAAACAAGAAAAAACGACGUCGACACCACUUUUGUUGAUAUAAUAAAUCACGGAGAAAAAAAAUAGGGAUGGGGGAUUAAAGGAAGUAAAGGCCACAGUGACCGGUGCAUUACUUUUCUUCGCCCAGGGGUGCGUGCCAGUCUCGUAAGCGGAGCAACCAGAUCGGAGAAACUGGUGUGAUUUUUGUGCGAUCCGUACGAUAAUGUUACUUAAGAACUUGAGAGCAAAGAACAUAAAUGCCGUACAGCGUACCAUCAUGCGUGUCGGUGAUUCAGUCAUAAUAUAUAUGUAAUAUAUAUUAUAUAUAUAUAUAUAUAUAUAUAAAAUUAAUUUACGAAGAAAUUAAGAAAAAAGAUGAAAGAGAUAAUUCCUCCACAGUCGUCCUUUAUUAUUUAAUAUCGAAGUGAGCAAAAUGAAGAAGAAGUACUUGUAUUUCUGGUGACCUAGAUCGCAUUGAUGAUCAUUAAACAGAGAAGAAAAAAAAAAAACAAAAAAAAAAGACAAAAUAAAUGUAUCCUCAUUUUUAGGUCACAGCUAACUCGAAUUCGUUUCCUUCAUUACCAAUGGACCUCUCGUUUCAGCAACCAUCUUUUUUGUGUUCGAUGGCAUCUAGAUACUUUGCUAUGAGAAUAUUUCAUUGUCCUCUGUGAACAGAUCCACUUUACAUAUCUAACUUUUCUCGCUAAAACUCCCCCCUCCGCCCCUUCCCCCGAAAAAACUCGAGGAGAUUAGACAUAGGUUACAAGAAAGUACGGUAUUAAUUGUAAUUAGGAACUUGCUCCGUUACACCUGAAAGAAAGAAAAAAAAUACUAAGCACAUUGGAUCUAUUUGUGUACUGUGGUAUUCUGUGUCCGAGGUGUUUCCACACUUUAUUAAGGGAAGAGAGAUCGUCAACACACGUUUUUUGUAAAAGUGGUUGUUAGUAUUCGACAGGCAUCUGUAUCUAAAUGCUUCCAAUCGCUUCGUUUCAUCGAACACUGAUACCUAGUGAUUAAGUCUCUUAUGUUACAAAGACUCUAUUCCAGUAUUUAAUAAUAGUAAUUUUAUAUAUCCGUA